CUGUGCUUAGUCUGACACAAAAAAGCAAAGACGGCAAAAGGUGUACGGGGAGUGCUAGUUCGUGAGGGCCAUACAGAUAACAUUGUGCUCAUGCCUGUGAAGUUGUGGACAACCCAGCACUAAUUGGCUAAAAUGCAAGUCAAUAGAUAAUAAAUAGCCAUGUGAUCAGGGGGCUGUCAGAAGAGUCUUAGAUACAAGGUAAUCACAGAGGUCUCCUGCAAACAACAGCAGUUAUGCUUUGGAUAUUUCUGCCUUUUUGCUUUCCACGCUAUGGUUUAGCAGCUCCAAGACUUAAUGAUACAGAUAUCUGCCGGAUAGAUAAUGACAAACUGAAGCACAGCAUAGGAGUGCUACAGGAUUUACUUAGGUUGGGUGAACUACAGCUGCUGGACCUGACACAGAAUACCUAUCACUCUGUGAAGAGCAAAAUCUAUAAAACUAAAUUGGAUAGAUUUAGAAUAGCACAUGUACCAUUGCCCCCAACCAGCGGAAAUCUCAUAGUAUAUGACGAAGAUUGUUCCGCAGUAUUCGACAGUGGAAAAAAAGAGAGUGGAUACUUUCGUGUAAGGCCAAAACCUGAGAAUGAGCCAUUCCUUGUGUACUGUGAUAUGUCUGAUGGUGGAGGUUGGACUGUUAUCCAGCGCCGCAGCAACGGCAAUGUACAUUUUAAUAGGAAAUGGAAUGAUUAUAAGCAAGGAUUUGGUCUCUUUAAAGGAAAGAAUGAUGAACACUGGCUUGGAAAUAAACACAUCUAUGAUCUGCUAGACAACAGGGAAAUGUCACUGCAGAUCGAUCUGAUGGACUGGAAAGGAAACAGGAGGUAUGCAAUCUAUGAAGACUUCAAAAUUACAAAUGAACAGGACAAUUACAGGCUAUGGGUGAGCUUUUACUCUGGAAAUGCUGGUGAUGGUCUGUCUGGUGGGAACAACUUUGAACAGCAAUGGUCAGCAUCACUCAAGGGCAUGCCUUUUAGCACAUCCGACAAAGACAAUGACAGGUUUAUUAUGGGAAACUGUGCAGAGGAAAACAAGAGUGGUUGGUGGUUCAAUAGGUGCCAUGUUGCCAAUUUAAAUGGAUUUUAUUAUAAGAAUGGAAACUAUACCGGAAAGCAUGAUAAUGGUAUUGUCUGGUCCACUUGGCAUGGAUUGUGGUACUCACUAAAAUUCACUGUAAUGAAGAUCAGACGUCCAACGUUUCUCAAUGUGGGGAGUGGAAAUGGGAUGAUUGGUUAACUGAAGUGUAAAAUACCAGUCCAUUUUUAAUAAGCCAAAAAAUCAUUGUCAAGUCCUGGCUAUAUCAAAAGUGGAUUUCUACAACUAUAUUCAGAUGUUUCACCUUUAGGGCCAGAAUACAAGUGGGUUGUUAUGUAAUGCUCCCGCAAUAAGUGCGCUAGAAGUACACUUUUUGCGCAUGUCAGGUGGCAUUCGUAUUACAAGCUUGGUGACGCGCGUAAAAAGCCAAACUUACAAUAUCGUUUGCGCGAUAAUGUAUUCCCCGCUAGAAUUCAAUAGAGCAAAAAAAGUGUAUCAAAUUAAUUAGUUCCAUACAGACCCCCACUUUGAGCUAGAUUACAACUCUUUUUAUAACUCCCGAUUGCAUAUCAACUAUCUGCUAGAAGAAAGCUUUUUUGCACGCAUCGGGUAGUGGUCGUAUUAGAAGUUGAAAGGAAAAAGUUUUCUCUCACACAAAAACCAAUACUUCGAAUAUCGCGAUCGCGUUAACGUAUUCUCCCAUAAAAGUCAAUGGAGCAAGAAAACUGUAAACAAAAACCUAACACUCUACUCGCACGCAAACAUGAACGCAUAUUCUCAAGUGUGCUAACCCGACAUCAAAAUAUUACUAUUUCACAUUACAAUGUUCUUCACAGAAUAUGAAUAUGUUCUAUUUAUUCAUAAAUACAUAUUUCUAUAUAUCUGAUGGUAUUUUGGUACAAUAUAUAUAUACUGUGGUGGCAAAAAUUGUGGACACUUUUUGAAAUUUUUAUGUUUUGCAACAAUGCAGGCUUAUAGGAAAUUAUAUUUUGCACCAAAUGCAAAUGUUAAUAUGUUAAUUUAAAGACAAUUUAAUGCUGAAUUUAAUGCAAAAAUCAGAAUGCAAAUUAUAUGCAGUAGAAAAAAAGUUAUGCAGGGAAUACUGCAAUCAUGCUGAAUAUACUAUAAUGCACUUAUGGUUUCAAUGAACUAUCAGUAUUUAGUAGGGUAGCCUUUAUUCUUUAAAAACGCAUCACAGCAACGUCUCACUGAGCCAACAAGUGUUUGAAGCUCUGCCUUCGUUAUUACGUGGUGUCAGGAAGCAAUUAUAGCCUCAAUUAAUUAUAUAUAUACAAUAUAUUCUAUGUGCAGAACACUGGAAUGUGAAAUAUUUACAGUAAAUACACAGUACAGUAUAACACUUUAUUAAAUAUGAAUAUUGUAUAAAUAUUGGUACAAUAUAUGUUUUCAGCUACUUAACUGAAAAGGGCUCCAGUGCGCAUCUAUCUAUCUAUAUACUAUAUUUAUAUUUAUGUCUAUAUAUGUUUUCAUAUGUAUUUGUGUUUAUAUGUGUAUAUAUGUCUGUAAAUACAUAAAUACACAUAUAAAUACAUAAAUACAUAUGUACACACAUAUAAAUAUAUAUAUAUAUAUAUACAUAUAUAUACACAUACAGUAUAUAAUAUACAUACAUAUAUAAAUAGUUAGACAUGUACUGUAUAUGUAUGUAUCUCAAUGUUAAAGCCCUUUACCUGCCUUUUUUUAUCCAACACCUGAGACCUCAUUUCUUUGAACCCUUAUAACUCUUUUUUGCAAUAUUUUUUAAUAAUUUUUAUUAGACAGUGUUAUUAUGAGUGUAACUGUACUUUUACAUGUAAUUUUGAUGUGUUUUGUGACACUUUUUGUUUUGGGAAACAGUUAACCAUAGCUCUGAGGUUGCGCUAACCUGACGCGUGUUAACUUGAAUUGCGCUCAAGCAACAGUGUUUACUUUCAACUUUUAAUAUGAGUGGGAAAAAAAACAACAUGCAAAAACAGCCGCGAUAAACCCCUUUUCGCUCACGCAUAACUGUUAGCGCUCCACUCAUAAUCUGGCCCUUAACAGGUACACACAUAUCACUUUAAAUGCUCACUGCAAGAUACUGAUCAAACACUCUUCAACACACUGUUCAGCACUCUGGAAAGCGCUUGUUGAUUGGUGGCUACAUUUAGCCACCAAUCAAGCAAGCGCUACCCAGGUUCUGAACCAAAAUGGGUAGCAAUGAUUAUUUGAUAUAAUAAUACCAAAAAAUAAAUAUAAAUAAGAACAAAAAACUGAAGCAAUGAUAAAAUUGUGUCAAGCCUUGACCCAAGUUUGGUAUUGAGACUGGUCGUAUAUGGGCCAACACAUGUUUGUUAUAAUGUUUACUAUAUUUUUGUUUAGAUUUUUGUGGCUGCAAAUUUCACCCACUAACUAAUGGUGCGGUUCCAGUUAUCGGUUCCAGAUAUUGGCCAGGAACACCAGGUGGUGGAAUGCAGUAGCGGAGCUUUACCUUUCUUACUAGUGAGGCAAUGUUUAGUAGCUUUUGAGAGAAUAACUGUUUUGUUUAUUUUAAUAUCCUCAUAAGCAAAUGGAUUCUAAAGCUUAAAAUUAAAAAGUUUUAACAGAAAAAAAGAGAGUUUGUACACUAAACCCUUUCUUCUCUUUGCUCUUUAUAUUUUUUAGGAUUGUGAUAUAAAGGAGUCAUAGCACCAAGCUUAUUUUUUAAAGGGACAGUCUACACCAGAAUUUUUAUUGUUUUAAAAGAUAGAAAAUCCCUUUAUUACCCAUUUCCCAGUUUUGCAUAACUAACACAGUUAUAAUAAUAUACUUUUAACCUCUGUGAUUAUCUUGUAUCUAAGCCUCUGCAAACUGCCCCUUUUUUCAGUUCUUUUGACAGACUUGCAGUCUAGCCAAUCAGUGCCUGCUCCCAGAUAACUUCUCGUGCACGAGCACAGUGUUAUCUAUAUGAAAUAUGUGAACUAACACCCUCUAGUGGUGAAAAACUGUUAAAAUGCAAUCUGAAAGAGGUGGGCUUCAAGGUCUAAGAAAAUAGCAUAUGAACCUCCUAGGUUAAGCUUUCAACUAAGAAUACCAAGAGAACAAAGCAAAAUUGGUGAUAAAAGUAAAUUGUUUAAAAUUACAUGCUCUAUCUGAAUCAUGAAAGUUUAUUUUGGCCUAGACUGUCCCUUUAAGCCUAAACUCUGAUAAUAUUCUGUACACAGAGCCAGUAUUUACAAAAAUAUGGACUGUGAGUAUUUUUCCAUUUAGUAAUUAUAUCACCACUUAAAGGGAUAUGAAACCCAAACAUUUUCUUUCAUGAUUCAGAUUUUAAACAACUUUCUACUUUACUUCUAUUAUCAAUUUUCUUUGUUCUCUUGGUAUGUUUUGUUAAAAAGCAGGGAUGUACACUUAGGAGCUGGCCCUUUUCUGGAGCACUAUAUGGCAGAAGUUUUGCAAGAAUGUUAUCCAUUUGCAAGAGCACUAUACGGCAGCACUAUUUCCCGCCAUGUAGUGCUGCAGAUGCCUACCUAGGUAUCUCUUCAACACAGAAUAUCAUGGGAACAAAGCAAAUUUGAUAAUAAAAGUAAAUUAGAAACCUUUUAACGAUUGUAUGUCUGAAUUUACAAUAGAACAUUUUUGGGGUUUCAUAUCCCUUUAAGUACCUCUUUUCUAACAUAAUCAGACCAUCUUUGGCUAAACUUAUAGCUUAAAGGGACACUGAACCCAAAUUUUUUCUUUUGUGAUUCAGAUAGAGCAUGCAAUUUUAAGCAACUUUCUAAUUUACACCUAUUAUCAAUUUUUAUUCGUUCUCUUGCUAUCUUUAUUUUAAAAAGAAAGCAUCUAAGCUAUUUUUUUUGGUUCAGACCAUGGAAAGCACCUUUUUAUUGGUGGGUGAAUUUAUCCACCAAUCAGCAAGAACAACCCAGUUUGUUCACCAUAAAUGGGCCGGCAUCUAAACUUACAUUCUUGCAUUUCAAAUAAAGAUACCAAGAGAAUGAAGACAAUUUGAUAAUAGGAGUCAAUUAGAAAGUUGCUUAAAAUUGCAUGCUCUAUCUGAAUCACAAAAGACAUAAUUUGGGUUCAGUGUCCCUUUAACUCAUUUAUUCCCCUUAUUUGUUUUGUAGCCAUUUUCUGGAAUCAUUAUAGUUCUAUUUUUUUAAUAAUUGACCCCAAACCCUCUAUUGUAUACUCAAGGUGUUACCAGGGAUUUAUUUAGGGACUGAAUUAUGUGAAUUUAAUAAUGUUAAAAACAUGAAAUAACUGCAUUUGUAUACUAAAGGCUUCAAUCAUAAUAUUGAAAUGUAGAUCAUAUCAAACAAUGUGAAUACUAUUGUUGUAAAGAUGCUAUAUAAUGUGCAAUCCACAUUAAAUAUUUACUGUCUUGUUUGCUUCUGAUUGUCAUAUUUUUUAAAAAAAAUGUAAAGCACAAAUAUAACAAAAUACAGUGAGAAACAAUAAAAUACAUUUUUUAUAUGUUGCUAGUA